GGCAAAUCUGUCGAGAUCGGCAACACGGAUGCUGAAGGUCGUCUUGUUCUAGCUGACGUGUUGUACCGCGCAUCAACCGAGUUUAAGCCGGACACGGUCAUCGACGUUAACGCCGCUCUUAUCUGGGCUAUGUAUACCGCACUGGGUGAGAUCUACACCGGUGUUUUUACGGUACGUCAUUGCAUUGUUGCCUCCCGAGACGUUUUUAACCAAACUCCUGCUCUUUGGAACCGACUGAGAGUUGCCAGAGAGAGCGAGUACACCCGCUUCUUUCGCAUGCCCUUUGACGAAUAUUAUGAUCCACAGAUAUACUCUUCUAACGCUGAUUGGUGCAACGUUACAGGUGCAUGCACCGCUGCACUGUUCCUUAAGGCGUUUGUAGAUGGCACUGAGGCCAAGGAUGGGCAGGGACUUUCUGUCCAGUAG